AUGGACGAUGUCAUAUACAACAAAAACGACGAUACGAACAUCGCCGUCGUCAUUAACGCAACCCUCAUCGACACCUACAACGGGGAGAAAAUCACAGUCCACCAAGGACAAACCUGGGCCUACAAAUUCGAAGUACCCCACUGGCCCAUAGGAUCAAAAGUCUUCCUCGGACGCGGCGAAGCCGAACUUCAAAUCGGAAUGGGAUACAUGCUGCACGGACACCUAUCCAUCGACGAAGGCAAAAAUUGGACACGAACAGCAUUCGAAGUUGAUGAUGCGGUAGAACUAUGCAGCGCUGCUAGAGCCGAAGAUCGCGUUCCGGAAUUUCGUCUCUCGGGUUUGGUGCUGGAAGCUAAGAAUGGUUGGAUCACGCUGGGUUGGGAACGAUAUGAUGACGAUGUGAGAAAUUUUGCUUGGGUUUAUGUGAAGGUGCAUUGGGCGGCUGCGGCGGAGGAUAUGUUGUUUCAGCAGUAUUAUGUGGAGGGUCAUAUGAAUGGGUAUGAUCGUAUGAAGGAUUGGGUUGCGACUAUUGUUACUGUUGCUCCUUGA